UCAAGCGAUUCCAAAAUUCCAACAGUGAUUUCCCAAGCCUGUUUGCAAGGCACCGUUUCAUUUCUGGUUCAAAUUCCUAGCCAUCACGGGCACUCAUUAAGAUAAGCCUGUUGGGUCAGCAGGACACCCUCAUGCUUUUUUAUUUUUGCUCUUCCUCUUUCCCCCCACCUCUUCUUAAACUUCAGAUUCUUUGCAAAGUCAAAAGUAAGAUUUAUUAUGGAGAAAAUUUCUCAUGCUGAAGUGACAGUCAAUUACAGCCAAAAAAGAUUUUCGGCGGACCCAUUAAAGGCUAUUGCAUAUCACUACAAUCACCGUCAAGAUAAGAAGAUCACCCAUUAAGCAAACAGUAGCUAUGAAUUGGAGAUAAAAAGCUCACAAAGCCAGGGAAAAGCUUUGGAAUGGUUUCUAAUAUUCUAUUGUGUACAUGGAAAAUUACUACUAUUCUGGCUGGCCUCUGGGCACCAACUUGGUUCAAUUAAACUAUGCAUCAAACAGUGAUCAAUCUCCUUUUUCAGUCUCAACGCAAACACUGCCUCUUGCCUCUGACUCUGCCUCUCUUCAAUUUGGCAAGUUCCCUUCGUGGCCUGUACCCAUUGAAGGGGUCGCAGAACAAAGAGCAACAAGUGCUUCCAAGAGCCAUAGCCAAGCAGAGAAAAGGCGCAGGGACAGGAUCAAUUUACAGCUUGCAACUCUCAGAAAAAUGAUUCCCAAGUCUGAUAAGAUGGACAAGGCAGCUUUACUAGGGAGUGUCAUAGACCAUGUCAAAGAUCUAAAGCGAAAAGCCAUGGAUGUAAGUAAAGCCAUUACUGUUCCAACUGAAAUUGAUGAAGUAACAAUUGACUAUAACCCAGCUCAAGAUGAAAGCUAUACCAAAGCAAACAUGUUUAAGGAAAAUAUGGUCAUCAAAGCUUCAGUUUGCUGCGAUGAUAGACCAGAACUGUUCCCCGAGCUGAUCCAAGUCCUCAAAGGACUGAGACUCAAAGCAGUUAAAGCUGACAUAGCCAGUGUUCGUGGCAGAACUAAAAGCAUAUUGGUGCUUUGCUCGAGGGAUAGUGAAGAGGGUAGUGUUUGCCUUGGCACUCUCAAACAGUCCCUUAAAUCAGCUGUGAACAAAAUCGCUUCAUUAUCCGUGGCACCAAAUUAUCCCACAAGAAGUAAGAGGCAGAGGUUCUUCUUGCCUUCUCCUUGCGUAUAAUAAUUUAUGGGUUUAGCUUUUGGGAAAAGCAUUUGACAUGUUUCGUUGAAAAAUGAAUACUUGUUAUGUUAUGAAAAAGACUAAUUUAUUAAGGGAAAUAU